AUGGCGGACUCACAUCAUGAUCCCCAUCCCACCACCACAACCAUCCCAAAUGCAUCUACUAACCCGCCCUCCCCUUCACCCAAUACAACACCCAAACCCCCUCCACCGUGCGCCACCCUGAUCCAAAAACUCCGCAUCCUCCUCCUGCGAUCCCUCUCAAAAACCGCUCACACAACCGACCACACCCUCGUCCGCCUCGACACCCUCUUGUCCACCCCCAGCGGCAUUGACACUCUUCUCUGCACAACAUCCUACACCCUAACCCUCCUCUCCGCGCUGCUCUCCAAAAUUCUUGAACGUCGCCUUACAACCAUCGCCUCAGACAUUGCCUCAAAAGCCGACGGCAUCCUCCUCCCCGGCGAAACCCUCAUCGCCGAAAUCCCCGCAUCUACAAGCACAAAGCGCAUCGCGCAGGUGCUAGGCGGUUCGAAAGCGCUGGCCGAGGUGAUAUCAGACUACAGGGUGUUUGUGCGCAUGUGGAGUUUGGUGGGGCUGUAUACGUGGGCAAGGGCUACGUAUUCGGACCCGCUGGCCGUAGGGGCGGGGCGUAAAGAAAAGAUUCUGAGGGCAUUGACGUGGUCCAGUAUUGCAUCGUGUGUGGGAUGUCAAGUUCUCGAGAAUGGGGCGUAUUUGGCGAGUAAAGGAGUGUUGACGGGGGAUGGGUGGGUAGGCGAGGCUGGGAAGAAGAGAGAAAAUAAGUGGUGGACGGUGAGUUCGCGGUUGUGGGCUGCGGGGGUGGGAGAUGGCGAGAAAGAGGAGAAGAUUGAGGUUGAAGAGAGGAAAAAGAGUAAGAAGUUGGAGAGUUGGCGCUGGUGGAAGGAUCUAGUGUCGAAUAUUGGUUAUGCUCCCAUGACGCUGCACUGGUCGGUGGAGGAAGGGCUGUUGAGCGAGUUGGGCGUGGGUGCUUGUGGUAUGGUUGCUGGCGGAGCAUUGCUCGUUGAUGCUUGGAGUAGGACCGUGUGA